CUUCAUUAUUUCUGCGCACAUUCUUCCGCCGACGUCUGCGUCACGUUCCGGAGAAACUUUGACGCUGCUGGACGCCCCCCCCCCCCCCCCCUCCUGACGCAAAGCGCGUCGAUGAGCACGCGCACUCACUCUCGUGCGGGAUCACGGUGAUUUCAUCACGUCACCAUUUGCCACCAGAGCAUCUCGGACACGUCAGAGGCAGCGACUCUGCACCGAGGAUCUGACUCCGGGAGGAAGGCUACGCAGACCGACCUUUGACCCCUCAUGGAAUAAAGAUGGCACCUUGGUGGAGACAGGGGAGAAAGCGACUCAUCUCUAUCUCUGGGAAUUCUGGGAAUGUAAUAAACGUGUUUGGCUGAAGCGGGACCUGAUGAGCCUGGUGCCUCCUUCUCUCGUCCGGGCUGACGCUGCUCAGUGAAGAUGGAAUAAAGUCUGAAAUGUUCCUGAAGAAAAAGUGAUCUCAGAAUAACGUUCGGAGGAGGAUGGAGCAGGAUUUCACACAGUAGAAGUCAAAGAGGAGUUUGCACUAAGCUGGACUAACGUUAGCCAGUGUGGGUGAACAUUGAAACUCUUUAACUCGCAGUUCAACCACAGAUCAACUUUCAGCCUGGAGCCACGAAGCUUCCAUCACUCAUCCUACUGGAGGCUAGAAAGUUUCCCUUCACCUGCUGAAACAUGGCCGCCACCGGGAGGAAGCACUUUGUGAGAGACUUUAAUCACUUCAUCACGUGUUACCUGUGUCGAGGUUACCUGAUCAAACCCACCACCGUCACCGAGUGCCUGCACACCUUUUGUAAGAGCUGCAUCGUUCAGCACUUUGAGGACAGUAACGAUUGUCCCAGAUGUGGCAUCCAGGUCCACGAGACCAACCCCCUGGAGAUGCUCAGGCUGGACAACACCCUGGAGGAGAUCAUCUUCAAGCUGGUGCCCGGACUCAGAGAAGAAGAGGAGCAGAGAGAACUGGAGUUCUGGAGGAGGAACCAGAAAGAAAACGGUCCAGGAGCCCUGAGGCGUCAGAGGUUCGGGCUUCCUGAUGUCGGAGGUGAAGCUGGAGGUGAAGACGAUGAUGGCGGCGAUGAGGACUUCCACAGGAGUGACCCUCAGAUCGCCAUCUGUCUGGACUGUCUGCGGAACACGGCGCCGUCUGGAGACAGCUCGGUCUCGGACCUGAUGAAGAGGUUCAUCCGCUGCUCCAGUCGCGUUACCGUCGGAACCAUUAAGAAGUUUCUCAGUCUGAAGCUGAAGCUGCCGAGUUCUUAUGAGCUGGACGUUCUGUGUAACGGGGAGAUCAUGGGCAGAGAUCACACUCUGGAGUUCAUCUACAUGACGCGCUGGAGGCUCCACGGAGAGAACACGUAUCCCAUGGUUCUGGAGUACCGGCCUCGAAUCGACUUCGGCUGAACCACGGCUGCAAGAGGAGGAGCGCACACACACACACGCACACACACACGCACACACACACACACACACACAGGAACACACACAGGCACACACACAGGCACGCACAAGGGCGCACCCACACACACAGAAACACACACACACGCACACACACAUAAAAAAAAAACACACACAGGCACACGCACACACAGACACACACACACACACACACACACACACACACACACACACACACACACACACACACACACACACACAAUGCCCACAAUGUGCAGACAGAGACUCAGAUGUAUUUUUGUACAGAUGAUGAUGAAGUGCAGAUGUUGCUAUGGUAACAGAGGUUUUAUGCUACAUAGAAUAAUAUAUAUAUGCGAUAAUAUAAGAUAUUUUUAAAUGUACGUCCCUGUGCCUAAAAACCUUUAAUCAUAUCUUCACUUUGCCUGUUUAACUUUAACUCUGUAGAUUAAAUGUUGAUUUUCUACUGUC